AUGUCGUUCCCUCUUCCGAAUUCAUCAAACAACACAAGCCACAACAUUUUCCGAGAUGAUAUUUCAUCACCACAACAAAAACAUCAUCACACGAUAAACUACACCCAGAACACUUUGAAAAAUGCUUCCACAAAACGAGAGCUAUCACCUUCUUCGUAUAAAAAGAAUUUGGAUGUAUUUCAUAAUAAUUCGCAAGCAUCAUCACCUUUUGGAGGAGAGGAUCAUCCAUUGUUUGAUAUCACUCGAUCUAAACAUUCAAGUGUAUCUUCUAUUAGUCAUCCGCUCAAUGUUGAAAGCAUGAAUAAUCUGAAUAGUAGUAGAGCAUUAACACAAGGGCUACUAAAGCAGCCUUUGGUUCUUGGACAAUCUGUUGCAUCUAAUACUGAAAACCUUGUUCAAUCUUCAAGAACUUCUUGUUAUGUACAUAGAAAGCCUAUCAUUUCAUGGAAGCCAUUGUCACAGGAGGAAAAGGAAGCUCUUACAAAGAAUGUUUCUAAUAAGGAUGUAGUGGAAGAAGAGGACACUUCACAACAAACUUUAAACGACAAUGCAUCAACAACAAAUUCAGGUAUUGAUAUUUCUAAUUUUAUGGCUUCUCGAAAAAGGCUUAAAAUGAAUCACUUAACACGGCCACCAACAAAUGAUUUACAAUUUAAGACGAUCCCCAACAAUUCAAUAUUUUCAAAUAAUGGCAUACAUUUACAAAACGAGGAGCUUAAUUCACGAUUUAGCAUGUCACACUCGACAAACAAUUCAUCCAUCAAUUGGAUGGAUAAGGUUACCUCUACAACCACACUCCCAGAGAGAGUAUCUUUGCUGUUACAAAAUGCCCGAAAACCGGUAUUGGAGACUCUUGAAACAACAACUUGUACGAAUACUUCGUUUACUAAAGAGUCUCCAAAACCAACUGUGGAUUCAAUAUCAGCUAAAUGGCAACAAUAUUAUGGUAAUUAUCCAAAGAGCCAAGCAUCCAACAGUGCAAGUACAGUCCCUCCAUCGCUUCAAACGAGAUUCAAUACUUCCUCAAUUUCUACUUCAUCUUCUAAAACAGGAAAUUCAUUACUGGUUACUAAAUCCUUAUUUCACAAUAAUGGCGCCAAUUCAAAUAAUACGUAUGGUCGAUCCAAUCCUGAGAAUAGUUUAAACAUUUCUUCAGUAACGCCAUCAAGCAUGUUAAAUCAGUCUUCCAUCGCUCCUUCAAAUCCAUUUUCACAACUCACAAAGAGUUCAACCAUAUUACCUUCACCAGCAAAAAUAGAUUUUCCUGCUCGUGAAUCCAUGUACAGUAUUCAGCCCUUGCCAUCUUCAAAGAACAUUCCCGAGUUAAAUACUUCCACUAAUCUCAAUAACAGUAUUUUCGAAAACAUGGAACAAGGUGAAACUGAUGAAGAUUUUGAGGCUUCUGGCAUUGAAAAUUCUAAUCUAAAUGCCUCUAAUAUUUUAGCUAACAUUCAAUCCUCAAAAGCUUCCAAAGCUAGUAAGCUCAAUAACACAUCAUCUACUAAGAAUUCUGACAAGCUGCAACUAGUUGCAUCUGGAAAACAAUUUCAGCAAAUACGAAAGAACAAGGAGGAAUUAAUGUUAUUUCAAACUGUUUUCUAUCAAAUUCACUUUAUCGUUGCUAAGGUCAUUGAUAGCUUUGAAAAACAAAAGGAAAAGAUGGAACAACAACUCUACAGCGCAUGGUGCCUCAUUCAAGAGCGAAAGAAGUCGCUGCAUGACCGAAAGGAAUGUCUUUACAAGAAGCAAUCAAGUGCUAAAUUACAUGAACUUUUAAAUUUCAGUUUCAAUCAAAGUUCCAUUGACGAGCUUCUUCAUAAUUUGCAUCAGUAUUUCGAAGUGUAUGGAAUCAUGAAUUCUGAGUUGAGACAAUCUUUGAAUUGUAUUGCAUUAUCAGAUGACAUUGAUGUCUCUACUUCCGAACAUGCUAGACCUGGGUUGGAAAAUGGUGAUGAAAUCGCUUCUUACUUGGACAAAAGCGACCAAAUUUUACAAUCAUUGUGUACUGAGAUGUUUGAUCUGAUGGAAAACAUUUCUAACAUGAAGACUCAAUUUUCUAGGUUGGGAAAUAUUGUUAAUCAAACCACUACAGAAAUUUCAGAAUUAUCCAACAACCAAAUACCUCAUCUUUCCAAUAUUGAAUCAGAGCACACAUCCAUGAUAUACCAAAAAGUACAGGAAAAUGUCAAACUAAGAAGUGACAAUCCAUUUUCUUUUGACACUUUGAGAGAAUCGCUCGGCCUCUAA